AUGCCUAUCCAAGAAAACCUGGAAGUACAAGUCUGCACAGCAGUCUUUCCAUCCGACACGCAAAUCAUCCCCCAACUCUUCCUGGCAUACGCGCAGUCAUUGCCCAUCACGCUAUACCUGCCAGGCAAAUAUGCUGUCGAAAAGGGCGGAGUUAUAUUCCUCGCAUAUACGACUAAUGUCACUUUAGACGAGCAAUCAUCCUCGCAAGGCGUAGUCGCUCUCCGCGCCCUCUAA